AUGGGCAAGGACAAGAAGACGCGCAAGUUCGCCGCUGUCAAGCGCAUGAUCAGCCCCAAGGACACGCGCCUUAAGUCGGUCCAGAAGGACGUCGAGAAGAAGGCGCUCAAGGCCAAGGAGCGCGAUGCGCCGCGUCAAAUUGACCAGAUCCCGUCCAACAUGUUCUUCAAGUACAACGCCGACCUUGGCCCGCCGUACAACAUCCUCGUUGAUACCAACUUUAUCAACUUUUCCAUCAAGAACAAGCUCGAGCUCGUCUCGUCGAUGAUGGACUGCCUCCUCGCCAAGUGCAUUCCUUGCAUUACGGACUGCGUCAUGGCCGAACUCGAGAAGCUCGGUCACAAGUACCGCGUCGCCCUGCGGUUGGCCAAAGACCCGCGCUUUGAGCGCCUUCCGUGCACGCACAAGGGCAACUACGCCGAUGACUGCCUUAUGCAGCGCAUCCAGCAGUCGCGCUGUUACAUUGUCGCGACGUGCGAUCGCGAACUCAAGCGCCGCAUCCGCAAGGUGCCCGGUGUCCCGAUCAUGUACAUCGCCAACCGCAAGUAUGCGAUCGAGCGCAUGCCCGAAGCCAACGCGGCCAAAGUCAAGUAA